GAUCUUUUCUUCACUUUUACGUUCUCUCUCCCCUCUGUUCUGUCUCUCAACUUCCGGAAUCCGAACUCCCAAUCACCACGGAGGGUUCCCAAUUCCAGCUCCGGUCACCACCGGCGUACGGAGGGCGACCUUCGUCCUCCGGCGGCUGCCUCGCCACGAUACAGCAGCGGCAGCCUCCGGCAACUUCCGGUCACCACCAAGGACUGACAGCACCGGCAUGGCCGAAUCCAAGAUAUGCCCCUUAUUUCUGUCGUUAUUAUUUAUUUAUUUACUUACUCAUUUAUUAAUUUUGAAGCAGGGCAGAGGGUUUCACGUUUGCACAGUGAACCCAUGCAUAGGGCAGGGAUGCUCUGCCCUUCCUGCAAGCUGUGCGGUAAAUGGAAAAAUCUGAGUGGAAUAAUGCAAAAGCAAAUAAGGGAGUACGAUGAAGGCAAGGGGGAAAAAAAAAUGCAAGAAAGCGAGACAGACUAAGAUUCUAGCAGCGAGAUUUGCUUUCUUUCUUUUUUAAUAUAAAUAGAUGAAUCCGGUAGGCAGAGGAUACUCUGCCGUGUUCAGAAGGAGGCAUCCGAGCUGCCUCCUGUUCUUCCCUAUGCAAUUGUAUGUAUAUAAAUCUUACUAUUCUUGUUUCUUUGAAACAUGUAUAUGCCACAGUAUCGUAUCUAGUUGAGCUGCUGAGUAUGUGUGUGUCAAAGCAUUAUGAGUCUAAAGGGAAGAAAGCACAAUGAAGAAAACGAAGAGAGAAAAAAUUGUGUUCUCUCUCUCAUUGCGCUCUCUUUUUAAAAUGUUUAAGACAGUCAUUUCUUUCCUUAAUAAUCCCUCUCAGAAUGGUAUGCCGGCUAAACGCGGAGAAAACCGCUACUAACAUUUAUCGAAAUUAAAUUUCUUUAAUCAUGAAAUUUAAUAUUAUCAUUUAUUAAUUUAUUAUCAUUAUUUUAUUUCUGGUUGAAAGCGUACAUAGGGGUUACAGUUUCUGUCCUCCAGGACGACUAGUUUUUCUUAUUAUCAAUGUCAUAAAUGUGCCAGUAUGCCCUCUUAACUUUGAUGAUGUUGGUGCAUGCUGCUAUUUAUUGCAUCGUGUAGCUAACUCACUUUAUCUACAUCACAGGACGUUUGUUGCUGGAUCGUAGUUUACUGAAAUGGAGAUCGAAUCGUGACCAGAAUGGAUCCCCAACCUUUUGUGAGGCUGUCUAUUGGAUCUUUGGGGCUUAGGGUUCCAAUUGCAGCGUCAAAGGCUGUUAGAUCAGAUGCUUUGUCUUCUCCCUGCACGUGCGAAAUCCGUCUUCGUGGAUUUCCUAUGCAGGUGGCACCAGUUCCCCUGAUUAAUUCACCUGAAGAGGGUCCUGACCCUCAUAGCUUUGCAGCGAGCUUCUACUUGGAAGAAUCGAAUCUUCGUGCAUUACUCUCCCAUAGCUGUUUUCAAGCUGCUAAUGCACAUCUUGAGAUUGCUGUAUUCUCCGGGAGAGAAGGCGGUCAUUGUGGCAUCAGCAGCCGGAAGCAACAGAUUGGUGCAUUCAAGUUACAGGUAGGCUCAGAAUGGACUGAAGGAAAAGCUGUUUUACUUCAUAAUGGCUGGACUGUUAUUGGCAAGAAUAAACAUGAUGGCAGCAAACCAGGUGUAGAGCUUCACGUGAGAGUGAGGCUUGAUCCUGAUCCACGUUUCGUCUUUCAGUUUGAAGGUGAAACUACUUCAAGCCCUCAAAUAGUUCAUCUCCAGGGAAAUUCUAAGCAGCCAAUAUUCAGUUGCAAGUUCCUUCGCGAGAGAAGAGCAUCACAAUCUGAUCCCUUAAGCAGUUAUUGGCUGACUUCAAGUAGUUCAGAGCAGGAAAAUGAGAGGAGAGAAAGAAAGGGUUGGAGAGUGAUGAUUCAUGACCUCUCUGGGUCGGUUGUAGCAGCAGCUUCCAUGGUCACACCUUUCGUCCCAUCAGCUGAUUGUGAUAGGGUUGCACGCUCAAACCCUGGUGCAUGGCUGAUCUUGCACCCUGAUCCAGGUGGUAUUGACACAUGGCGACCAUGGGGACGGCUAGAGGCUUGGCGCGAGCGCAAUGGAAAGGACUCCAUAGGUUGCAGGUUUCAUCUGAUUGAGGAAGGUGGUUGCAGCUUAGCAGUGGCUGGCGGUGGAGUCUUGGUAUCAGAGAUCUUGAUAAGUGCUGAAAAAGGGGGUGAAUUUUUUAUUGACACUACAAGGCAGACACCCGUGCCUACACCCUUGCCAAGCCCCCAAAGUAGCGGGGACUUUGUAUAUUAUGGUCAUGACAUGUCCGGUGGGUUCGUUAUGAAUUGUCACAUACAAGGGGAAAGCAAAAGCAGUAAACCGGUGGUGCAUCUUGCUACCAGACAUGUCAAGUGUGUGGAGGAUGCAGCAAUCUUCAUGGCUCUUGCUGCUGCUGUUGACUUAAGCAGAGAAGCUUGCAGGCCAUUUAGGAGGAGGCUGAGGCAUCAUACUUCUAAUUCAUUUUAGUCCGGUGGGGACAUUUAUGACGCGUCCUGACUUUUGUCUCUAUUUCUUUCAUUCUGGUGGUAUGGCAUCACUCUUGAUGGAUUAUUGAGCUUCACUUCACUAGGCUAUGACACUCUAUCUGUGUCUUGCAUUGGUGUUCUCUAACAAAUACCAAUUCAAAGUAUGUUGUGGUAGAAACCGUGCCAAGACCACCAGAAUGCGUGCGGGACCGUGGUUCACGUUGUAUUCUGUGUUGUUAACGAGUGUGAAAUGAAAUAUGUGUUGUACA